AUGCAUUCUCCCAAGAAAAAAUGAACCUAUGAAUACACACCAAACUGAGCAUGUGCAGAGUGUCUCCACACAAUAUGUUUUAUCAGGAGAUAAGAGGGGGACACUGGAAGAAGGGGAGGAUCAGAGAAGUCAGGAUCAAACAGCCUUUUUUACACACAAUGCAGAGGAUUAAUCCCUCAGGUUCCACAGAAAGUAUAACAAACAUACGUUACUGCCAGGGGCGGACUGACCAUUUGGAAACUCGGGCACAGCCCGAGGGCCCGGGGUCAGUAGGGGGCCCCAUGAGAUGCCCCUGGUACCUU